AAAGCUCAAGUCGCUUGUCGCACAGCAGCGAAUGUCACUUUCAGCUUGUGUCCUCUGUUAUACCGAUAUGUGCCAUAGCCAGUGUGCUGCAAUGGCUCAAUAAACCCCUCUCGGUAAUUGCUGUGCGGAUCGAUGAUUUUAAUUCGGUGAAAUAAGUGAGAGAGCAGUAAAGCUUGCUAACAAAGCUAAACAAGCACCAGUUGAUCUGAUUAUGUGAUCCAGCGUUUAGCGAAUGUGUGUCUCUUCGACUAAACCUCUUUUCAGCUUCUGGGGGAAUCUUUAAUUUUUAUUUUGUUUUACUACUUCAGAGUGAAUUGUUGACAUCUAAUCAUGGAGUCUUUUGAAAGCGAAAGAGCUUCACUGCCCAGGAACAUGAUUGAGAACAGCAUGUUUGAGGAAGAGCCAGAUGUGGUGGAUUUGGCAAAGGAGUCCCCAUCCUAUCCCAUAGAAUCAGACGACGUGGUCUAUGAACCACGGAGCUCACGACUGUUAGUCCGAGGCCUGGGAGAAAAUGACCUGGACGAAGAUGAGGAAGACUAUGAGUCAUCUACUCGGCUUCUUGGAAUGUCCUUCAUGAACCGCAGUUCCAGCCAGCGUAGUGCUACCUCAUCCUACACCCGCCAAAAACCUUCCGGAUUGUGCUCAAUGCCUUCUGCUAAAUCAAUAGUUGUAAGUGUUCUUAUCUUUGUGCUGGUGGCCUCCUUGAUCAUGGUCAUCUACUUCCUGCCAGGUUGCACUUUCACCCGAGAUGGCUGUAAGAAGGCCAACUCGACAAUUGACACUGUCUAUCCCAUUUCCACAAGUGGAGAACUUUUCCCAUGGACAGAGUUGAGAUUACCAGUUAGUGUACACCCUGUGCAUUACAAUAUUUCAAUUAAUCCUAACCUGACAUCCAUGUCCUUCCAAGGAAAGGUGUUGAUAAUUGUGCAAGUCUUGCAGGAAACAAAGAAGGUAGUCCUGCACAGCUCUGAUAUGAAAAUAAUCAAGGCCACUUUUGAAAGUAAGGAGGUCAAGAUUUUGGAGUACAAACCAUGGCAGCAGAUUGCCAUCAAAUUUCCAGAGGAUCUGAAAAAGGGACAGUAUGUUCUAAAGAUUGACUACACAGCAAACUUCUCCAGCAGCUAUGAUGGCUUCUACAACAGCUCCUAUGUCGAUACAACUGGUACAAAGAGAGUUUUGGCUGCUACUCAGUUUGAACCCCUGGCAGCCCGAAAGGCUUUUCCUUGUUUUGAUGAGCCAGCUUUUAAAUCUACUUUUCUAAUCAAGAUAACAAGAGAACCCAAGUACAUCAGCCUUUCAAACAUGCCUAAGGCCACAACCUCAAAUUUAAACAAUGGGCUUCAAGAAGACGAGUUUGAGAAAAGUGUUAAUAUGAGCACUUACCUGGUUGCAUUUAUUGUGGCUGAAUUCAGCGGUGUCAGUAAGAAUGUCUCUAAAACCAUGGUGUCUGUGUAUGCCAUUCCAGACAAGAGGGACCAAGUGUAUUAUGCUCUGGAAACAGCUGGCAAAUUGUUGGAGUUCUACAACACGUUCUUUGAAAUUGACUACCCGCUAAGCAAGUUGGAUUUAGUGGCCGUUCCUGACUUCCUUGCUGGAGCCAUGGAGAACUGGGGACUAAUUACAUUCCGUGAGACAACUCUGCUAGUAGGGAAUCAUUCCUCCCCUAUAGACAAGCAACUGGUGACCUCUGUCAUUGCUCAUGAACUUGCCCACCAGUGGUUUGGAAAUCUGGUCACUAUGAGAUGGUGGAAUGAUCUUUGGCUGAAUGAAGGAUUUGCAACCUACAUGCAGUAUAGAUCAAUUGAAACUGUGUUCCCUGACCUUGACAUAGACACUGAAUUCUUAAGCGUUCGUUUCAGAGCACUGGCCAAGGACGCAUUGAACUCGUCUCACCCAGUGUCUACUGUAGUAAGCAGUCCAGAGCAGGUUGAAGAGAUGUUUGACUCUGUGUCCUAUGAGAAGGGGGCCUCAAUACUUCUUAUGCUCAAUGCAACACUCACAGAUGAAGAGUUUCGAAAAGGAGUGAUUGAAUAUUUGCAGAAGUAUACAUUCAGAAACACAGAAAGUGAAGACUUAUGGAACAGUCUUUCCCAGGUGAGUAAACAACCCUUCAAUGUAACGCAGAUGAUGAAUACUUGGACUGUACAGAAGGGCUUCCCUCUGGUCACAGUGAGGAGAAACGGCACAGAAGUGACACUGACCCAAGAACAUUUCCAUCUGAAUGCCGAAAGCACCAGCCACAGCAGUUUGUGGCAUAUUCCCCUGACGUAUGUAAAUGACAGCUGUGGUGCUCUCAGCUCCUGCAAGCAAGUAUACCAUCUCAAGGACAAAACAGCCACAUUAAAGCUCCCAGAUCAAGUGAAGUGGCUGAAGUUCAACUACAGGAGCGAGGGCUUCUACAUAGUGCAUUAUGACGAGGAGGGGUGGAGGGCGUUGAAUGAGGCAUUGAGCAUGGAUGUGAAUAUUCUCCCCCGUGAGGACAGAGCAGCACUCAUCAAUAACAUCUUUUCUCUCUCCAGAUUGGGCAAGGUGCCCUUCAGACAGGUCUUAAAUCUAAUGGAGUACAUCAGAAAUGAGACAGAGACUGCUCCUCUCACUGAAGCUCUGUUCCAGCUUGCUCAGAUCUACAGAUUGCUUGACAAAAGAUCAGAGUUGAACUUGGUCUAUAGAAUGAAGAGUUACAUUUUUGACCAUUUUGGCAGUUUGAUGGACAGUCAAUCAUGGAAACAGGAAAGCUCUGUGUCUAAGAUGACACUUAGAUCUGCUCUGUUGGAGAUGGCAUGUUCCUUCGACAGACACAACUGCACAAUACAGGCCAAACAUAUAUUUGAUCGGUGGUUGGCUUCCAACAAGACUAAUCAGAUUCCCAGUGACCUCAUGAUCACAGUCUUUAAAGUUGCUGCCCAAACAGAAGAUGGAUGGACCACACUUUUGGACUCAUAUAAAAACUCCAUCUGUGACACAGAGAAGCGCAAGACUCUGGAGGCUUUGGCCAGUACUCAGGAUGUAAAAAAAAUUAUAUUGAUUCUACUAAAAAGUCUUGACGGAAGUAUGAUUCAAACACAGGAGUUUCCAUUUGUGAUUAACACAAUUAGCAAGAGCCUUGCUGGGUCCCUCUACGCUUGGGAUUUUGUAAAGGAGAACUGGGAUAAAAUCAAUCAAAAGUUUCCUGUUGGAUCCUUUGCUAUUCAAAGUAUCAUCAUGUCUACAACCAGUCAGUUUUCCACAAAAACACAUCUUGUGGAGGUACAGAACUACUUCAGUUCUUUGGGGGACAGAGGUUCACAGAUGAGGAUCGUGCAGGAGGCCAUUGAGACCAUUAAGCUAAACAUGCGAUGGAUGGAGAAGAACCUCAACACACUUCAGAACUGGUUGUAGUUUGAGAAGGCAGCUCCUCUCUCGUGCCUCUCACUACUCAGGUGAUGUCACUGGGCACAUGCAGGUGUAAGUGAUGUUACCAUGACAACAGCCAGAGCCAUAAAUGUACAAAGUUAGGUCAGGGUCAAUACAGAAGGGCACAUUUACUUUGACGUAAAGGGCCAUGUAAAAAUAUUCCUUUUCAGGGGAUCGUAUAGGGAGUUUUCCUGAGUACUCUCCAGCUUACCAAAUAUCUGCCUGCAAACAUUUAUAAAGGAUACUGUCUUAUAUAAACAAACAUGUUUGUGUGUUAAUGUCAAGUAGAUGCGUUUUCUUUCAUGAAAAGAAACUAUUAACUCAGCAUAUGGUUUCCUAUUUCAUUUCAUAACUUAAGAAUUAAUUGCUUCUUUGGAAAGUUUGAUGCUGUGUCUUCUCUCGGUUCACUUUGGGGCCCAGCUCUGUAUGUGUAUGGCUCUGGCCUCUUGCAAUAUUUGCACUAUUCAAAGUUCUAGCUUGCUCAGGGCAAUUCUGGUUGUUGUUGAAAUAUCAGGAUGCAUUUGAUCCCUUUUACUUAAUGUCAUUGGCUACAGACCAAAAUCUCAGUAUCUCUUAAAUAUGCAUUGCCAAAAGAUAUAGUUGCCUAGUUUAUAUUAAUUGAAAGCUGAAUUUGUGCUACAGGAGAACUGUAGCACAAAUUCAGGAGAACUGUCAUCAGAUCCCCCCUUUUCGGUAUUAAAGCAGAUAUAUACUGGUAUUUGCAAAAUGUGCAGACAAUCGAUUGUUUACUUGUCUUUUAUUUAUGUGUUUAUAUGUUUGGAGGUAACGUUUUUAAUUAUUUGCAUAGUUUGCCAUGCGUGUAUCAAGUAUUGUGUAAAUGUUAUUGCCUUUUUUCCAUAUAAUUUUCAUCUUUUGCACAAGGUGUAUUUUGGAUAAUCUAAUUAGAGUUGAGUGUGUAUAUUAUGUACUAAAGUUUGUGUAGGCUUGCAUAUAGGUUUCUUUAUUGUCAAAGUUUAAGUUAGCAUUUAUAAAAUGACUUCUUAAUUUGGAGUUUUGCUGUGCACAUUCUGAAGAAGCUGAAAAUAUUUCAGUUUUAUUGUUUCAUAGGAAGCACGUUACAUCUUGCUUUAUGAUAAAUGGGGUGUGUGUGUGUUACAGAGCUUUUUUGUUUUUGAGUUCUGCGUUAAAUAUAUAUGUAGACAUGAAUACCUUUUUGCUGUAUGUUGAUGAGGUUAAUAUUUGUGGAUCUAAUGUGUCCUUAUGACGAACAUUUUAAUAUUGUUUUAACUCCAUAAAUUGAUGGUUAGUUCUCACCAUAGAGAGUGAGAAUCUGUGGUCACUCUCGAUUUAUCUUGUGUUAAUAUGAUAAUUGCACUUCCAGGUUCAGAGUUCAGUGAACUGACCUUAUGAAAUGUCAAAUAUGACUGGUACGUUGUCAUUAUUUUGAUUAUAGCAGUUAUAAUUUGGGUCCUAAUCAAAAGCUUUAUUAAUGUAUUUGUAAUUAAAGAUGAAUGAUGUUCUUUACAGUUAUUAAUGAAAGUAUUCAUGUUUUAUUUACUGUGGAUUUGAACAAACAUGAGCACUGUGAUUGUAAAUCCCUUGUAUCUGGAUUUGUAUGGUUAAGAGCAAACAGAAUGGAGUGUUAUAAAUACUGUCAUAUGUUAUAUAUUCUAUCGUUCUAUUCAACAAUUUUGGGGGAUUUAUUGAAAUGUUGUUGUUUCCGAUAUCGUACUGUAGGGUUCAUUUGCACCUGCUAAUUUCCCUCAUUUCUCUCAUCAUGGUUUGAAUUGUGUUGGUUGUCCAGAAGUUUCCCUCGUGAAAUUAUUGUUUGAGCAAAGCCUUAUUAUAGAAUUUAUUUUUUUGGCACUUCAGUUUUUAGCAUGUUAGGCUUGGAAAAAUGUUUAAAGCUUAAAUAUGCUUGCAUUUUAAAAUUUGUUGCUUUAAAUUUCUUGCCUCAAGGGAAAAAAAAAUCAUAUGUGUUUGGCUCAGUUGGAAACUGUCUGUUGUUUAUUUUGUGUUAAACGGCUUUACACUGGAUUUGGAUUCUAAGUUUGUAAGAUUUUGCUCAACAAAUGGAAACCAGUGGCCAAUCUUAAUAAAAGAUGAAAAAUCUUUA